GUCGCGUAGUCACGGGUAGAGGGCAAAGCAGCUCGCAGCAGAGAGGCAUCGCCCUAGAUAACGGUAGAAUCGUGGGCUGGUGUGGUGCUGGUUUUUUGCGAGAGUGCUGCGAAAUCGAGGGGAUAACGUAUUCGCGGAUCGUCCCGGCGUAUCAGAGAACCGUUCCUGGGACCGUAGUUGUUCCGGUGGGUGUGUGAUUCGGCUGCGUUUAGGCCAGUGAGUAAUCGGCUGCUUCUUCGAGGCGAGCCAAGAAGUCGAGGACCGUGCCCCGAAAAGCUUCGGUGCACUCGCGGCGCGCCGCGCGAGACUCUCGGCUAGUGCGGAAUUUCUCGGCCAGUGACACGUUCGUGGUUCGUUCUUUCGGUCCCUGGCUUCGUAGACCGAGCACGAAGCGUCCACGGAUCCUCCCCUUGGCUCUCGAUGUGUCCGACAGGCCGACGGGACGACGAACCGUGAACAGAAGUAGGAAACGAGUAAUCGGCCGGAGAAUCUCUGUAGAUUGGGAUACGGUGGGCCGUGGACAAGGACGACGAAAGAGGGACAGAGAAGGAGGGGAGACAGAGAGAGAGACGACACAGGCACACGGACAUAGUGAACGAAGGAGUGCGCGAGGAAGAAAGGGAGAGACGGAAAUAGUGCGACACAGAGGGCCGUUAGAGAAGAAGAGGAUACCGAUAACCGAGGACGCUGAACGGAUUCGGGGAAUAUUUCGAAGACGCUCAAGGUCCGUUCAACUGAGAGCAAAGGGGAGCAAAACGUGGCGGAUUCGGUGACCCCUCUCGGCUGUGACCACAGGCGCACAGGGAAUUAGGGCAAGGAAAUGCGUGAAUAUAAAAUAGUGGUGUUGGGCAGUGGAGGUGUAGGCAAGUCCGCCCUCACUGUCCAGUUCGUCCAAGGAAUCUUCGUGGAGAAGUACGACCCGACGAUCGAGGACAGUUACCGGAAACAGGUCGAGGUUGACGGUCAACAAUGUAUGUUAGAAAUCCUAGACACAGCCGGAACGGAACAAUUCACAGCCAUGAGGGACCUUUAUAUGAAAAACGGUCAGGGCUUCGUGUUAGUGUAUUCGAUAACGGCACAGUCAACGUUCAACGACCUGCAGGACCUCAGGGAACAAAUCCUGCGGGUAAAGGACACAGAUGACGUGCCGAUGGUGUUGGUAGGCAACAAGUGCGACUUGGAGGACGAGAGGGUAGUGGGCAAAGAGCAGGGCGUCAACCUUGCCCGACAAUUUAACUGCGCGUUCAUGGAGACCUCUGCCAAAGCCAAAAUUAAUGUUAUCGAUAUCUUCUACGACCUGGUUCGGCAAAUCAACAAAAAGUCGCCAGAAAAGAAGAUGAAGCAGAAAAAGAAAUCGCUGUGCCUACUCCUGUAAAGUAGAGGACGGUAGCACGGAAGCCCAUACUCUCCUGCGCGGAUCAGAAAAGAAAGG